AUGGACCCUGCAACGAAUGAGACAUGGGCUGAAGUCCAGAUGACGCCCAAUCCAUUGACAACUAUGAGCACUACCGUUGCACUGGUAGCUUGCUCGAUCAUAGCUCUCAUUUUGGGCAUCCGGCUAGCCCGGUCACCGCAACCAGCGAGUGAACCCUUAGAAAUCACACAACUAUACAUAUAUCCUAUCAAAGGGCUAGGAGGAUGCGCUGUGCAACGAGCACAUUUGGGCAAGUACGGCUUAGUCGGAGAUAGGACGUUUUCCCUGCAAAAGGUCAUUCGGGAUAAGACCGACCCAUCCAAGAAGACGUAUGAGACCAUGUUCAUCGGCUACUAUCUCUAUAUGGCACUAUUCCGGGCUUCAAUUGAGCAUGAUGGAAGGCAAGAAAACGCGACCGAUGGAGAAGUCAUAGUAAAAUGGCACGGCCGGGGAACGGAGCAUGGCAAAUCUAUCAACGAAGCGAACAUCACCACCACUGACGAAAUCCGAUUCGCCCUAUCGCCAAGUACAGAGGGGCUAGAAGUGAUCGACACAAGCCUUCACGUGAGCCAGGCCAAAGCCUACGACAUGGGCGACGAACUUGCGACGUGGUUCUCGGAGCGCCUCGGUGUUGAGGCGAGACUCGCCUAUAUUGGUGACGGCUCGCGACCUGUCCUGGGGUCUUUGGCACCAAACAGCAAAGCAGGUCUGCAAAAGGCUAGACUCGCUAGACGUCUCAGGUCAUUCGUCCCAUUUGCCCGGUUUCCCGAGGAGCGUCUUGUCUUCAACGACCUUGCACACUACCUCGUCGUCACUGAAGAGUCCACCGCGGAGGUUUCUUCUCGCCUAGAAGGCGACUUGACGAUGGACGUUCGAAAGUUCCGCCCGAACCUCGUCGUCAAAGGCGCAAGCGGUCCCUUUGCAGAGGACUUUUGGGGCGAGUUGACGUUCGACGGCGGUGUCCAGAUGCCUCUGACGGCCAAUUGUUAUCGUUGCCAGAGCAUUACUGUUGACUAUGAAACUGGCAAGACUGCGAGUGACGAUCGUGGAUUGGUGUGGAAGAAGCUGAAUAAAGAUCGCCGAGUUGACAAGGGCGCCAAGUAUAGUCCUGUCUUUGGACGUUAUGGGUACUGCUUUGGAUCAGCUGUUGGAGAGAUACUAAGCGUGGGACAGAAAGCGCGAAUCUCCCGCGUUAAUUCGGACAGAACGACUUUCGAUUGGCCGCAUCUCACAACGUUCGGCAUCAACCAGAAGAAAAACUAG